UAUCCCUUGCACCUUUUUCUAGCCCGAGCUUGUUUUCCACAGAUGAACGUGCAGUGAUGUACCAAUUUUGUAUGUAGCUGUGCAGCGCUGGGGCGAUACAAGACUCGCAUGUUGUUAUUUCAUCUCCAUGCUGCAGAUCGGGUUUCAGUGGACUGGCCGAGCUAAAUGCCACUCACUGCACUCCCCCCUGCCUCCAUGGUAUAAACAGCAUGGCCAGCGCACAUUCCGGUGGCUCUAAAUAUAUCUAUUAAGGCCAGAGGAGGUGGGGGUGCUGGGAGGUUUAUCCUGGGACAUUUCCCCGGCGUGGUCGACCCGCACCCACUUGAAUUAUCUUCCGGAGAUUGACAAUCGGCUGUUGCAUCCACAGAGGCGAACUUGGCCCCAUCCAGACAUGCCCUCCACUUACAAUGUGAGGUCCAGGGCGCGGGAGAGAAACAACAUCCUGAGCAGACCUGAGUUCAUGUCCUUGAACCAGCAGCUUCCCCGCGGCCCCGGCCCCUCUGAGAGCCGAGGCAGCGCCCGGCGACAGGGCCAAAACAAGCCGCAAGCAAGCCAGCCGAGCGAGGAACCUACCGACAGUGGCAGCAAGUUGCCGGAGGAGGACUGCAUGCAGCUGAACCCUUCAUUCAAGGGAAUCGCCAUCAACUCCCUCCUCGCCAUUGAUAUCUGUCUGUCCAAGCGCAUGGGGGUGUGCGCCUACACGUCGUCCUCGUGGGGAGGCUGCCGCUCCAUGGUCACCCUCUUAGCGCUCACUGGGCACGGCAUCACGUGGAUCAUUGGCACUAUCGUGUGUCUCACACGGAGUAACACUCUGGCUGGACAAGAGGUCCUGGUCAACCUGCUGCUUGCCCUCAUCCUUGAUGUCAUGACGGUGGCCGGAGUCCAGAGACUGGUGAAGCGCAGGGGUCCCUGGGAGAUGACGCCGGGCUUAAUGGACUGCAUCGCCAUGGACCUCUACUCCUUCCCGGCGGCUCACGCCAGCCGAGCCGCUAUGGUCUCCAAGUUUUUGCUGUCCCACCUGGUGCUGGCUGUGCCGCUUCGCAUCCUGCUGGUGCUGUGGGCCUUCCUGGUGGGCAUUUCGCGGGUGCUGCUGGGGAAGCACCACCUCACCGACAUGGUGUGCGGCUUUGCGCUGGGCCUGCUCCACUUCAGCCUGAUGGAGUCGGUGUGGCUGUCAUCCAGCACCUGCCAGACUCUCAUUUCAAUAAGCACAUUCAGCUGGAGCCCUUUGUUCUGAGCUCCUGAUAAAAAGCUAUGCUUGCACGCUAGGCAUAUUUGAUACACUAACCCUGCUAUAUAAAGGACUUCGAAAGGUUUUCUAAGUUAUUUUUCUAAGGGUCUGAAGUUGCAGGCUGUGAAUCGGGAAGCACUAAUAUCUGGAUGCACAUGCUGGCUUGCAUGUAAUGCUUCACAAACCAUAGUAUCUCCAGUCAGGCCUCUACUGCUUCUUCAUAGUAAAGGGAAAAAUAAGACGACUGCAAACUGACAAUAAUUUGGUAAAGAUUAACACGAAGUUUUAAGAAUUUUUCCUCUAUUUAAAUCUUUGAUUCUCAUACAGUAUGAAAGCUGGUACUGUUCAUGUAUAACUGAACCUCUUUUGACUCGGCUCUGUUUUAAAUGGUUGUGCCUCCUUCUCUUCACAAUCUUACUUCUCUUUUCUUCCGCUCUGUAACCUCUUCCUCUUUUCUCUAAGUAUCAAGGGUUCUGUGCUUUCAUUUUAGGUUAGUGAAAUACUCGCACCAUGUUAAACCCUGAAUAGAGUUCGGUGUAGGGCUGUAAUAUUGGAUCUGACAGUACAAUACAUGAAGUGACUGUUGUUGGAUAUUCCAUAUUGUUUCUAAUUGGCAUGACUUAAGAUAUUUGUGUAUUUCUGAUGGGAUUCUGAACUUUUUACUGUAUGUUCAUCAAAUAUGAAGUUAUUUUUUGCGUAAAACUAAUUUCACAUAAUUAUUUUUUUUUUACUGGGUCAAAUAUUUCCUUCAUAGCCAUUUACAGUGUUCUUUAAUGAGUUAAAAAAUAUAUAUUUUCAUUGCAGUCUGCACGUCAGCCUAACAGAUGUUUUUGGUUUGACAGAGACCAUGUAAGUGAUUCUAUGCCCCAAUAAACAACUUAAGCGUGAACACUGUGUGCACGGAUGCAAAGCAUCUGUGUGAAGAGCAGUUUUUAAGAGAUGUUGCCAUUAUUUUCUAAAUGUGUUUUUAUAGACACUUGAAAGACACCAGAUUUUUGUCUUUGUUAUUCUCCGAGUAUUUCAGUGCAGUGGUUUGGUGUGUAAAUACUGUACAUUAGUUCAGUUUGUUCUGCACAGCGAUCUUUAUUUCAUGUUUUGAAUUAGUUUCUUUUCCAUCUUAUUAAUAAAAUGAGGUGGACUGUCA